AUGAAACUGGACGUAAAAACUACAUCUCCAUAGUAACUUUUAGAAAUGGCCUGCUGUAUAAAGAUAUGUCCAUAAUUAAUUUGCAGGAGGAGUGUUUGAGGUUGCAUGCUGUCUGUGUACUUACAUGCUAUUUCUUCAAAAUGAACAGAAGCUUCAGCAAAAUAUUGAAAUAGCAAAUAUUCUUAAGUGGUACUUAUCGUGGUUUAUUCAGUGUUGUGUUCUUUUUCAAGACCAGCUUGAAGGAAUGGAAAGUUGACAAGAGCAGAUAAAGUAAUCCUUUGCUGUUUUGACAUGUUCCAUGCAUUAUAUUUAUAUUUCUAUUUUUAGGCUUUUUUUUUGUUGUUUUGUUUUACUGGUUCAUAUUUGCUCAUUCAGGGAGAAACCAUACUGCUACCAAUAUUUACUGAUGUUUAAUAAUGCAUCUUGUAAAAUAAUGAUUUUGUUUUCUCAUUUGUUUUCAUAGUGAUAAAGGUUCUGAUGCUUCCUGGACUAAUGAUCAAGAACCACCAAAAGAAGUAAGAUAAUUUAUUAUUACCUUUAUGUGGUUAAGUACCCUCUUCACGAUUUUAAGUUAGAAAAGAUGAGUUUUACAAUUACUCCUGAUCCAUGCCCACCUCACGUGUCAUGUCUUUAGUUCACUGGUAUAAUUUUCUUGUAGACAUUUAUUCUGCUUGCUGAUAGACACUCUAUUAUUGGCUAUAGGUGAUCCUGUCUGCUCUACAGUGUGUUAGAAUAAAAUGGUCCUUGGGUACCAUUCUAAAAGGUGAAGUAAGAUGGUUUACUGUCACCCAUAGGUUAGAAAGCAUCCGUCAGGAUCUUCAAUAAGCUCUUGUAUCAUAUGAUAGUUUGUUUCUUAGUUGUUUAAAGUAGGCCUAAACGAUCCAACUGCCCCAAAAUGAGACAGACUCAAGUCCAUCUAAGAAAAGUCACACUUAAAGUUUGAAAAAAAAAAAUCAUGUCUCUUAUAUUGCACUGUAACUGCACAGGAUAUUGUCUAGAUUUACUCAGGAAAAAUGCAACACGUAUGUUCCAAAAUGCAAAAACUAUGGUCUGUACCACAAACUUUGAUAUAAAUGUUAUUGCCAAAACUGUGAAAAAUGGUUUUGUUUUUAAUUUUUAUUUAUUUAUAAUAAUUCAUUUAUAAAUAAAUAGGAGGAACCAAUCUUAUUGUGAAAAGUUACCACCUGCAGAUUUAGAAAAAAACAACAACUUACCAAUAGAUUGUAGAAAAAGAAACUGCAAGUUAAAAUGUUUUUCCUUAUUAAUAUACUGGUUUGUUUGUUUCAUUAGGCACUGGAUUACAGUGAUGAUGAAAAGGAGAGAGAAGCCAAGCAGAAGAAAAAGUCUCAGAAUCCAGGAAAAAGGAAACAGAAGUUUGAACAGAAUCCGACAUGUAAGUUUUUGCUUAGAAUGUGUGCAUGUCUUUAAAAAUUAGUUAUGUCAAUCAUCAACAUACCAAUUAAACGUUGUCUAAUUAGAAUCAAGAAGGGUAGUUACAAGCACAAUUUAUGUUCUGUUUUGUUAAACGUCUGUGUGUUGGUUACACUCAAAUGCAGUUUGUUAGUAUAGAAUGUUACAAGUGCUAAAAGAAUGCCAAAUUAAUAUUUGUAUUUAUAUUUGAGACUGUGAAUAUAAGCAGGUUUAUCAAAUAACAUUUUCUACAGCAGAUUUAUUUGUAAUAAAAUUAAUUAGAUAAUUUUAUCUGUCUUUCAAUAUGUCAAUAAGAAUUGGAUAAAGAAUCAGCAAAUUGACAUUGGGCAUUAACCGAAUCUGUAACUUGGAUAUUGGGCUUAUAAAGGUACUCCUUGACACAGUACACUUGUGCAGGGACUUUGGUAAUAUUUAUAAUCUAAGUAUUGGUUUCCUCUGUGUGGUGGAACAGACCUCGCCACGUGUUCUUGGAGGGGGGCUGCUUGCCUGCCUCCUACCUUCUGACUAUGGCCCUGGGAUAUAUGGUAUUUGAAAACCCUAUUUGUGCCCUGUGACAAAACUGGAGAUUGUGCACAAAUAUGACUAUUGUCCUUAUUUUUUAUGAUUCCCUUCGUUUGUUGCACUGUUCCCCAUGUGUUUCAUCUGUUGGUUCGGCUGGAUAGACUACCAGACAAACUGUGGAGUUACUGGGUGGCCACCAUUACAUGUAUCAGAGGCACAUGGUGAGAACAAUGGAUGAAGCACAUGGUGAGAACAAUGGAUGGCGGACAUUUUAACUCAGACACUCUUUGAACUUUUCUCAACGGUAUUUGGUGCACAAAGACAUCAUUCAGUAGUUCUAAACUACAGAACAGGGGACACAUUUAACUAAUUAUUUUUCAUAUAGCCUGUAUAUGUUCUGCGGAAUCUGCAUUAAACCGUAUCUUCCAAACUACUGAACAGAUCUGGGUGAAUUUUGGAUAUGUGGUUCACCCAGAUCCCCCGGUUCCGAUGAUAUAUUUAUGGGGUUAUUGCAUGUUUUGGGGUCCCUGUGAUAUGUUUUAGAAUACUGUAUUUUCCUGCCUGUGAUAAUUAAGUUAGUCUGUUGUGUUGAGAUAAUUGUAUCACAGGCAGAGGGGAGGAUUUCUGAUGUAUUGAAUGGGAGUGUUAGCUGUGUUGUAAUGUGUUGAUUGGUUAUUCUUAAAAACCCUGUGGUCAGUACUAUGUUUGUAGACUGUGAAUAAAAGAGGCUGUAUAUGCCAGUACAGCUAGUUCUACUUCACCCUCAAUUUGGAGUGCCGUCUCUUAUUGGGGGAAUCUGCUACAAGGGAUUGCUAUGCUUGUCAUACUCCCUUGCUAAAUCACUACUAAGCUCUUGUAAGAACUUGUUCCUGCCUUGCUCUCUGGAGGAGUCUACGGUGGUUAUGGUGUCUGCUGCAGUGCUUGGAGUCCUCAGGAAGCGCUAGUGGCAUCCUUCAACAGAGGUGCCCGUUGAUCCGUUACACUCUGCAUUAUACUUUAUAGACUGUAUGGGGAGAACAAUGUUUUUUGAGUGCCACCUGGGCCGUUUAUUACGACUAAGGACGACCUGUUAAAUUAACCAUCAUCCCUCUAGAUAGGUCAGCAAUAGGCAGAACCUGAUACUCCAACCUUGUUAUUAACCUCUGGUUCAAUGCACCUAAGUAAUGCAUAAACAUGUACACCAGCAGCAGAGAAUGAACAAAGGUAGAUGGGUAUCUGGCUGUGAGCAUGCAGUUUUUUUUCAUGCACUCUUUUUAUCAUGCAUAAGGCCUAAUUUGUGCAAUUAUUAUGCAAGGUUAAUAUGCAUGUGUUCAGAAGCUGUAUCACUAUUUUUGUGCAGCCAUCAUUUUGGUGGUUCAUAUAAAGGUAUGCCUUUAUAAUUAAUUGAUUUUAUUUCCAAGUAAAAGAUUGCCACUUGGAAGGGAAUGUGAGUGAAGCAGCCAGGAAUGUAUUCUUGGCGCUUAACUCAAAUGAGGAUUAUUAAUCGAUAAUGAUCCCGAUGGGCCAUCUUUUUGGAUGAUUAACAGGAAACACGUGUGACCUAUUAUGGGCAUCAUUGGUGGGGUUUAUAAGGCUGCUUUACCUUAACAAAGUCUCACUGAAGAAACAGGUCGGUAUACAAGCGUUUCCAGUGGCAUCCUGCAGCCUGGAUUUACUUCAAUUGGAGGAGAACCAACAUCCUGCUUCUUUAGCUUGCAUCUCUUUCUAGAAUUUUUUUGAGAAAAUGGUCCUCCCUGGCUUCAUUAUAUUUGUUCAUUAGCUUGCCUAUGCCUGUGCUUAGUUUGUGAAAAUGGAACCGUAGUCAUCAUUUUAGCUAGAACAUCGCUAAUAACAGUUUUGUAUCUUGGUGUCUGUGACUUAAAUUGUAUCCAAUUUGCAAGUGUCUUAGAUUUGUAAAUUGUGUAUGUUAUGGUAGGUAUUGGUGUGGUCUUAACAAGUUAGAAAAAAUAGGAUGUUUAAAUGCAGUUUUUUGUUUUUUUUAAUGUUCCAUCCAUAUUUGGUUCAGAUCCCCAGCCUUUCCCACACCAUUUUGUGGUUGUGUGUGUGACAUUAUACAUAUGUCCGUGUUGUUGAUGUCCCUGCAUAGACAUAUGAGCAUGGACAGAAAAGUUUCCAAUGCAGAAUCACUUUGUAAAUAGAACAGUCUCAAAAUGUAUAUAUUUUUUCAACUUAAGUUAUAUUUUUUAUUUUAUUUUUUGCCACGUAAGCAAUUUAACUGUAAAGUAUUGCUAAGCUGCUAAAGUAUUUUAUUAACAAAAUAAGACACAAUGAAUGUUAUGUAUAAUAAACAAGGACAAACUUCUUAUAGGGGAGCAGUCCCCAUGGAAACCAACGAAAUAUUCCUGGUAUUUGCUUCACUGUACCAGAACUGCUUUUUUAUGUUUGAUCCUCUUUUUAUUAUUGUGGUAGUCAAACAUUUGAUUUUAAAAGCAUUUCUGCAGCUGACAUUCCAUUACAUUUUUAUUUAUGUACAGAUUUAUGGCCCAUAAUUGUUUUCCAUGUAGAAAGCACUGCACUUCAUGAUUAGUACAAUUUGUCUCCUUUCACAUAAAUGAUCAGAAUUUAAUAUAAAGACAGACAAAUGUACUCUGAAUUGUUGCAAGUUUUCACAAUGGUGAAUAAAAUGUUGCUGUUCUUUGAAGCUGUUUUUAUGAUUUUUGUUAUUUUAUAUGUAUUCUUUCUUUGCACAAAUAUCUUGUAGCUUUUUUAUUUAUCCCCUUGCUUCGAUCCUCAUUAUCUCUUCGCUUCCCAUUUCUUAAUAUUUUUACAAACUCUUUAUUCUACCUUUAUGUAGAAUGCUCUCAGCAUAUUCCUCUUUAAUAGUAUUUUACACACAGUACUAUUUAACUAUAGUAAAUGUGUUUGGAUAGCUGUCUUUCAUUUACACGUGUGGCUAUCAGUAGUUCCCGAGGUAAAAUAAUUGUUCAGAAAUAAACAUCCACCCUGGAGUCAAUCUAUAAUGUAAAUUUAAACAGUGGCUUCUGUUAUGGGGUUUAUUGACACUUCAUUUAAAUUCUUCUUUUUUAUUUUCCUUUGCACGUCAUAUUACCUGUGAAAUGUUCCUCCUUUCUGUUUAAUUGAUCGUACCAAAUCAUUUUUUCACUCCAAGCACCAAAACUACUAAAGCUCGCUUGACUGUGGUAGAUCUACCUUUUGUCAUCUCUAGGAUAGUCUUUACGUUGUCUAUUGACAUCUUCAAAUGUGCUGGAAUUUCAGUGAAAUUCCAACAGUCUUUAUGAGUGUUUCAAAUCAAAGAUUUAAGGUUGACAGAGCAGAUUUAGGAAGUAGGAUGCAAUAAGUCAUCAUUAAGAUAAUAUGUUCUUUUGUGUCAAUAGAUUGUUUUUUGUUUUGUUUAUUAAAACCAUUCUAGUUGAAAUGUGACCAGUUUGUGUUGUUUGACAGGUAUAUUUUCUGUAGCCUGUAUUAGUUAGAGUACCUGCAAACCUCUUACAAUUUUUGCUUAAUUUGAAGGGCAUACUAUUUCAUCUAUCUAGUUUUGCCAGCAGUUGUAUGGCUUGGAAGAAAAUCCUGUAAAUUAAUAGGUCUUUCUUCUAUUGAGAUCCUUCUCUCCAUAGAAGAGCAACCACAGUGCAUGUGCUGCAGUUACUAAGGAAAAAAAAAACCUAGCCAACGCUGCUAGCACUGGUUAGGGAGUAUAGUAGCAGUGACUGACAUUACAAAGAAAAACAACAAUUUAAGCAUCAAACAGUAAGCUGCUUCUGCUUGGGGAACUGUUCCCACGCUGGGCAAAUAAAAUAAUGGAACAGUUGGACCGGGUGUUACAUGAAGAGUAACACUCAUAAAGACAAGGAAAUGGUGGUGCUGGAAUGGAGGUGUGAUGACUGAGAUCUCCACAUUUUAUAUUCAGUAUAUCAUAUAUGUUUGAAUUGUAUAGUGAUGUAUUCAAUGUAUUUAGGGGUAUUAAGUAAGGUAAAAAAAAAUGGCACUAAUGCACAUUAACAUUGCAAUUGCCGCUAAUAAUUAAAUUUUUUCCUUCUUUCUUAAAGCAAAUAAUUCUCAAGAAAAGAGCAGACCAACAAACUCUUCAGCAUCCUUUUCAAGAAGUGAAUCUAAACCAAGCUUUUCACGUGACAGUGCUUCUCGUCCAUAUGAAAAUACAUUUGUGCAGCAACACGGACCAUAUUUCUCAGGACAUCCGUUAAUGCAGCAGCCUUAUGGUUUCCACAAUUCAGGGUCUCAAGAAUUUCAUUAUCCUUUACCAAAUGACAAUUUUGGUCCCCGAAGUUCAUAUGGAUCUCACUAUGUAAAUCCACACAACUUUUAUCCACCACCACCCUCAAACUUUGCUUGGCCUGAUCCAAACGCACAUGCACAUUAUAUGCAGAAUGCAUCAUUUGGAUUUGGCCCUCCUCCGCCUCCUCCUCCUCCCCCUCCUCCUCCGCCACCUCCAGGAAACCCCAGUUCUUCCCACUUUGGUUCUCCUUUUUAA